CAAACAUUUGAGUAAUAACUCACCAAUCAGUAAAGGACAACUAAUCUAGUCAGACAGAUCUAACUACCCUACUGCUACACACACAUGCACACAGAUCUUACAUGUUUGUGAGUAUACAGUGGUUACUGCAUCCGGUUGUAGCCUAUUGAUUUAUUUCUCUUUUUGUUGGAAUUGAAGUGCAAGUUGCAACAUCAUGCUGUGUGGUGCCAUUCUCCUUCUGCUUUUAGGGUUCUCAUGGUCUCUCUCAGACAUAACCAUCCCGGCGGGCUCCUCGCUCACCCUGCCCUGCCUAUCGGACUUGCCCAGUGACCUGUUAUUCCCCAAGUACACCUGGACCUUCACACCUGAGCAGGAAAGAGUCGGGCGUGCCCUGACACAUGAUCCCUGGUGGGAUGUCCCUGACGCGGAGCUUACGCUUCAUGUGGUGGGGCAGCAGCAUGCGGGAGAGUACAUGUGUGUGAUGGAGGCCCAGUCUGGAGAGGGGCUGGUGAAGAUGAAGAGGAGUUUUAUCCUGCACAUCCAAGAGAUUCCACUCUUGAUGAAGAAGCUGCAUGUCAUGGGAACGGAGGGAGAUUCAAUAAUUCUCCCUUGCCAUCCUGUCCUGACAUCUGGGAACGUCAGUUCUGCCAGUUUCAGCUGGUACAGAAUGACAGAAGGCUCUGACCACCAAGAGCUCCACCCUGUUUUUAAAAGUCAGAGCUCCAGCAACAAACAGGACAUAGCAACAAAUCGGAUCUACUGGGCCUCGGAUCCUAGAAAACAGGAUUGGUCCAUCAACAUUGAUAAAGUCGAACUGGACGAUGCUGGUCUGUAUGCCUGCGAGGUUUACAUGGACUCAGAAAAGAAAACCAUGACACUACAACUAAUUGUGAACCCUCUCCCGCCCCCUCUCUGUUUAAACCACUCACAACCUUGGGAGGCGUGUCCUGAGCCAGACAACAGGUCCUGGAAGGCCACAGUCAGCGAGGCUCUGAUUGCUUUCUCUGUGAAUAUCUAUGCCAAGCUGAAGAGGACACACGCCACUAGCAACCUGCUCUUUUCCCCGGCCAGUAUUGGGGGGGCACUCUCCUACCUGCUGCUGGGUGCUCGAGGGCAGACCAGGACAGAACUGGAAUCUGCCCUCUCCCUCCCCUCUGAAUUCUCCUGCAUUCACUUAAUGAUGAAGAAGAUGAAAGAUGAGACGAGGGGCUCGAUGCUCAUGGCCUAUCAGAUGUUCUACAACCCCAAGCAGGAGCUCAGAGAAUCUUUCGUCAACCAAUCAGUGGAGUUCUACGACACAGUGCCUGAAAAGUUGACCAACAGCAGUGAGAGGAAUGUGAAGAUGGUUAACGAUUGGGUGGCGAGUAAGACGCAGAAUAAAAUAACCAUGCUGAUGGAGUCGGUGGAGCCAGACACGCAGCUCAUCAUACUCAACACUGUCUACUUCAUAGGUAAAUGGAAAAGCUCAUUUGAUUUAAAACAUAAACAUGGCGAUUUCACCACUCUGUCGGGGGAAAGGGUAUCUGUACCAAUUCUCUACAGCACAAAUUUUGAAUUGGCCAUCAGCUACAUGCCCUCAUUGAAGGCUCAGGUAGCGAGAUUCCAUCUUGCAGACAAAAGCAGUCUAUAUAUACUGGUUCCAACCUUAGUGUCAGAGGAAGCCUUUUAUCGGUUGGAGGAUAACAUGAAUGAGAAGAACAUCAAAGCCAUGGUGAUGGAGAUGGAGGCAGUGCCACCGGUGGCUUCUGAGGUGACCCUGCCCAAAAUUAAACUCACGCUGAACACAGACUUGAUCAGUCUCCUGAAGAGUAUGGGUUUGUUUGGCUUGUUUGAUGACCCUAACCUGUGUGGGAUGUUUCCGGAUCAGGAGACCACACUCCUGAUGGACGCGCGUCACCGCGCCUUCCUGUCCCUGACGGAGAAAGGCGUGGAGGCGGCUGCUGUGACCAGCAUGUCCUUCUCCCGCUCCUUCAGCACCUUCUCCGCCAUGAAGCCCUUCGUCUUCAUAGUGUGGAGUGAGCACAGCAAGUGCCCUCUGUUCAUGGGCAGAGUCCUCAACCCCAAGCAGGAAAAGUGAGAGAGAGAGAGAUACAGAGUGAGGAGGGAAAGAGAGAGAGAGAGAGAGAGAGAGAGAAGCAGAAGAGGGAGGAGAAAAAAACAGAGAGAGAGGGGGAGAGAGAGAGAGAGAGCGAGAGAGAGAGAAUGGGAAAAUGGAAGGGUUAAGUGCUGAAAAUCACAUUUACAUAAAAAAAAAAGAAAGAAAAAUGUAGAUUAUGUGUAGUAAUCAGUACUUAGGGAGAAACAAGUUAUUAAUAAAAUAAACUGUCACUACAUAACCUAAAUCAUAACCUACAGCAGUGCAAUAAACGAAUUGUCAAAGUA